UUCAUUCAACCGUCGAACUCGUAGUGGGAGGAGGUUACUAAGAGUGAUUUUACUUGCGCUUUCCCAAAACCGUGGACUGGUUUGACUUGUCACAGGACCUUCUUUUUGGGAAGCAAUGUGUUUUAGUCACAGAAAAUAGUAAAUGUCUCCUUAAAAAGGAAAGAAAAGACGAGGAGUCACAAGAGCAUUUUAGGAUGGGCCAGCGCGCGGACGUUGUGUUUAAAACCACAGGUUUUCAAUGGCUGCUGCCUGUCAGUGAGUACUUGGGAUUUCCUCUUGACCAGGUGAACUUUUUGGCAUGUCAGCUGUUUGCUCUGUCUGCUGCCUUUUGGUUUCGUCUUUACCUCAGUCCUCAUCAUAGCAAUCCCCUAGUGAGGCACACUGUGGCCACUCUACUUGGCAUCAUCUUCCUCAUAUUCUGCUUUGGAUGGUAUUCCACUCACAUCCUGGCAGUAGUGCUGGCAAACUACUUGAUCGUUAGCCAGGCUGACCUCAGCAAUGUACACAGGUAUUCCAUGGUGACGGCAUUGGGAUACCUGACCGCGUGCCAAGUGGGAAGAGUCUUCAUAUUUAACUACGGAAUACUGUCCACUGACUUCUCCGGCCCACUGAUGAUAGUGACUCAGAAGAUUACUACACUAGCCUUUCAGCUCCAUGAUGGUAUGUGUAAGAAAGCAGAAGAACUCCCCUCAGAACAUAAGCUACUGUCUAUAAAUGUUAGACCUUCUUUAAUUGAAUACCUGAGUUACAAUCUGAACUUCCUAAGUGUGCUGGUGGGUCCGUGUAGUAAUUACAAGGACUACAUCGACUUCAUCGAGGGCAAACACAUCAGCAGCAGGCUCAGUCGACACUACGGCACUUGUAAUGGCAAGAAUGGCUACCAUAAAGUUCCAGACCCGUCACCUUUGAAUGCUGUCUGUCAAAAGCUGCUGGUGUGCUGCGGCUGCAUGCUCUUCUUCCUCAUCGUCACGCGGUCCUUGCCGAUAAUGCACAACGUUCACCCUGACUUUAUCGACCACGCCCCCUUUGUCAGUCGGCUCACAUACGCUUUCUUUUCCAUUCAAGCUGCAAGGCCCAAAUUCUACUUUGCCUGGACGCUAGCUGAUGCCAUCCACAACGCUGCCGGUUAUGGUUUCUUAGGGAUGGAUGAGAAUGGAAAAUAUUCCUGGAACCUAAUCAGUAACCUGAACAUCAUGGGGAUUGAGACGGCAACCAGCUUCAAGACGUUCAUUGACAACUGGAACAUACAAACAGGGAAUUGGCUUAAAACGGUGUGCUACGACCGAGCGCCGCACCAUCGGUUAGCCUUGACCUUCAUCUUAUCUGCCCUGUGGCACGGCGUCUACCCAGGAUACUAUUUCACCUUCAUCACUGCCAUCCCUGUCACACUGACUGCACGAGCUGCACGCAGGUCCUUCCGUCACUUCUUCCUGGGCUCUCGAGGUUUAAAGUUGGGUUAUGACAUUUUGACAUGGGCUGCUACCCAGCUGGCCAUCUGCUACACUGUCAUGCCUUUUCUACUGCUGGCUGUAGAACCCACCAUGAUGUAUUACAGGUCCAUGUACUGUCAUGUGCACAUCAUCAGCUUGGUGGCUGCUAUUGCCCUACGCCCCAAACACAAAAGCAAUGCUCCAAAAGCCAGCACAAAAAGCACAGACUCCCUGUCGGCCUCUUGCCUCCCCCACUGUCUUCAUCUUCACUGUAACAACAAUGACCAAACCAACUAAAGACUCACUCUUCUCUGAGAGAAAUGAACAAUUCUGUAAAAGGCUCCAAAGAAAAAGGGGCAGUGAGUUUAUUUUUAAAUUUUUUUAAAAGAACAAUGCGGAUCUUAGACUGUACGACAUGAUGACAUACCUCGCCUUCAUUGAGUGUGGACUAGACAGGAGGCUCUCUGUCUCUGGGAAGGAUUCAGGCAAGCACAGUGGGAGUGUGAAGAAUCACACACAAGACUCCAAUACUACAACACACGACAUUAUAGACUAAUUAUGCCCAUGCACACUUGCUCUUUGUGGCACUGAUGGCACAAAAAGGUCCCCAUUAUGGCCGUGUUUGUGUGUGUGGCUGAGGGAGGGAGUCACUGUACCCACGGUUGCAAACUCCCCCUACGGACCGCAUGGGUGUGUGCGCCUGAGAUCUUGUCACUGUUCAUACAGGCACAUGUAAAGCAACAAUUACACAUUUGAAGACAUCUUAAUUUUGUCAAAGUAAUUGACAACUUGUCAUGUAAGUGGAUCUGGACGUCCACACCUUAUUUGUGCCACUGUACUGUAAAUAGGAAUAUGUUUGAUGGUUCACACAGUACUAACUGAAUUUGUCACGUUGUUCUAUUGCACACCAACAGGAUCAUUUAUUUAUCAGCUUUUCUUGGUUUAAUUUGACACAAAGAGCACUUCACAAAUUAAUAGUUUUCAAACCUUUCACUCACUUUAGCAAGGUGCACGUGCUUUAGGUAUUGCAUGGUUUCAUGGUGUUAUAUUUGUGUUUGUUAACAAUACACAUGGCCCAAAGAAAAAGUUUGUCUCCCAGAACUAGUGUUUAAAUUUUGACUAUCAAUUCCAAAGUGUGAGAGAAUGUAUUGUUUGGACAUUUUGAAGCUCCAAUGUGUAUUUUUGACAAGUUUGUUUUGUUUCAGUUUUGCACAGAUGUCUUCGUGUAAGGAAAUACCAACUCUUGUCCCAAGUUUUAAGGCCAUUAUACCCUCGUCUGUGGCCAUCCUGGCAUAUGUUCAAGUGUUGCUGCUUUUUGUAAAUAACCGAAAUGAAGCGAAAAAUGACAAUGUUGGCAAGUCACACAAUGUUUAAUACUAAUGUAUGUUUUUAGACAGAAUUCAAUAAAG